AGGCCCUAGGAUAGUACGCCUAACGUCCUAAAUGCAGCUCUCGGACGAGUCCGAUCCCCCGCGGUCGGCGUCGCCGGCUUAAAGUCUGUUCCACUUGCGCGGCGCGUCAUUCGAACGUUCGCUGGAAUGUACACGUACGUUCUGACGGUCGAUCUUUUGUCGAGCGGCGUUCAAGUGGCCCGCCAUGGACAUCACCGAAUAUGCUCUCCCGACCGACCGCGGGUUGACAUGUGGCGACGGACAACUGGUGAACUUCUUGAGGUACGUCGCUGUGCGCGUGGGUCACGCGCUUCUCUACCAGCAAUUUGAGGAUCUAUUCGUGGUCGCGCGCCGGUUUAGAGCCUCGCGCAGAGCAGCAGCUUGUGGGGACUCGCAGACCGCCGAGACGGGUACCUUUCGACGCGCGCGCUUUAAGCAUGGCGCGUAUGAGUUCCUAGGACCUCCACACGCGCCCUGUGGCUGCCCCGUGCCGCGCGCGGGCACGGAGAGCGCGCUAAAAGCUGAACGCUCAAGAGGCCGAGUCGGACUAGUACCUUAACUACCCUGGAUGCCCCGACAUACCCCAACUUCAGGGCUGUAGUGCGGCGCCAGAGAGCGCUCCGUGCCACGGCCAAAU